CCCAGUCAGACACUUCAUGAAGUCAAAAUGAAGUUUCUGUACAGCAUCGUACUGUUUGUGGCGUUUUGUUUCACUGCGAUCAAUGGCCAGACAACAGAGUCCUGUGUGGAAGAAAACGAGCUCACUGCAAAUCCUUCCAUUUGCAACCAAUAUUAUCGCUGUCUGAGUGGUGAACGUGUUCUGUUCAGCUGUACUAGAAAUAAAGUGUUCAACCCCACUACUAAACGCUGCGUAGCAUCCGACACCUACUCCUGUGGCGAACAACAGCCAGAGUUCCUGACAACGUCAGCUCCAUCGUUACAUUGUCCGACGAACGUAAAUGGAAUUGUGGCCCAUGCAUCCGACUGUGACAAAUUCGUCGUGUGCGAGAAUGGCAUCGAGGAGAUACACGCCUGUCCAGAGGGAGAACAAUUUUCCUGGAACAAACUGGUAUGUGGUGUUGGUUUCCCGUGUGGAGAGUAUGUUGAACGACCGACAGACUCGACAUCGUUGGAAGCCGAAGCAUGUGCCAGACAAACGCUGCUGCUGGCAGAAUAUCCCUACGGAGUUGGUGCGUACGUAGACUGCAAGGAUAAGGUGAUCCAGAGCUGUGACGAUGGCACAAUCUUUCGCUGGAACUACCAGCGCUGCCUACCGGGUGCGGUCUCGACUAACGAACUGAGCAGCGCAUCGGCUAAUUGUGGCGCCUUUGGCAAGAGCUCACACCCUUAUCUAUGUGAGAAGUACUUUAAGUGUAUCUUCUGGAUCUCGUCACUACGAUCAUGCGCUGCCGGUAUGAUCUACAGUGCAGCGCACGAAGAAUGUAUUGCAGGCAACUUUCAAACAUGUAAACUAAUGUAAAGAGAAGUCAACACAACACAGAGUGAAUAUAAAAGGCACGCGUGUACAGA